CUGUCUUUAACACCAACGGCUUGUCAAAGCUGAAAUCAAACAUAUCACGAUUUGGGGCUGUCGUGACCAAGGACAUGGAAAAACAAUAUGCAAGAGACAAGGAAACUCAAACUGAACAUGACUUCAUAGCUGAGAUGGAAAUCAAAUAUAAGAACAGCAUCGAUGAGAACGAAAACAUCGUGAAGAGAGCCUCAGAAACCACCCAUUUCAUGCUUGGGCUGCUCAAUGAAUGCGAUGUUCACCUGCUGAAACCAGACGCCUUGGACAAGUCGAUGGUGCUGAAGUGUAUACAUCUGAAGUAUGACACAGAUAAAAUAAACCUUGACUACGCACACAUCAACAGAGAAGGGGACUUAAUCAACAGUAGGUCGGACGCCUGGUCUGAAUUAAGAGGGAGGCUGACGAAUUACCAGGGCGUAUGCAGCACUAUCUCCCUCCCACAUUCUAGAUAUGUUGACUACUGGGAGACGAAGAUAAAGGUCACACUGAACAAAAACUCGCAUCGAACGACCACAUCCUGGAGGUUGGUGUCUUUGCUGAUGACGUGCGGGACAUGGAUCAUUACAAAGCCGGUCGUUCUCCGUGCCUACAGUUUGAUAGUCGCCCACUCUCGUUAUCGCGAGGGGAUAUACAGGGAAAUCAAGGUGGGUGAUGAUGAUGCGAUACAUCUAUCUAACGCCAUGCCCAACGAAACAGGGACACACGACCUACACUACGGUGUUGCCUAUGAUGACGCCAGGAAGAAGAUUGUCUUCAUUGAUGUGAAGGAGAACGAAGCGAUGGGUACAUUUGACAGGGUAGACACAAGUCAACCCUUGUGGCCGAUGUUCGGGGUUCUUAGCACGCCACUGAGUACCCACUCUGUCAUUAUGAGACUUGUAGAGGACAUCAAAAUGACAACAGAGAAGAAAGCAACGAUUGUCAAGGCACUGAGGCUUGCUUAAGGUGGUCAUGGCGGUGAAUGCCAACACACUUGUAGUAGACAACAUCACCAUGUCGGAGAAGAAAUGUCCUGUUAUCAAAGACACUGUCAUAAUGUCAUGUUAUUAUAAUCAAGCUUUAGACACGUGUUGUCUAGAUGUAUAAAUAUUUCUUACUAAAAUGGAUUUCCGGUACUCAUCGCACCGCUGUCACUGACAUGAAUGAUUGAUUUCUCGUGACGUCAUUUAAUUAUAUGGAUAAACUCCUUCACAUGGAAAUUGCUUUCGAUCGACCGCUUGUAGUAUAUUGAGAUUUUGCAUUUUUGGAAUCACAUAGAAGUAGUGUAACACACCGCUUAUGUAUGUACUUAUGUAUCGCAUGUGUAACAUCUGACCUUUAGCUAAAGAAAAAAAAGGAAAAAAGAGAUUUUGCAUGUACCAUGUACACCUCGUGCUGCCGUUAUUAAUAAAUAGAUCUUGUAACACCA